AUGCCACCUUCAGCCGAUACGUCGAAUUUGUACAGCAACACUGGUCCCUCCAGCGCAUCUAGUUCGCUUCUUGAUCUACAUGCUGGUGAAGGCUCUAUACCUCCACCAGGAGACACGGGAGUCACACGCGACGGUCGCAUUAACAUCGACCUGAAGUCCCGUCUAACCAAGACUUUCCUCAAGCUUGUUCCCGAGAAAAGCAAGGAGUCAUUCGAACCCAGUCGACGCUUCAGUGUUUACCGCGGGUGGAGCGUACGCAUGAAUAUCGUCAUUCAGGUCGUAGGCAGCCGUGGUGACGUACAGCCUUUCGUCGCAUUAGGGCAAGAACUUCAAAGAUACGGACAUCGCGUUCGGUUAGCAACGCACAAUACGUUCGAGGGAUUUGUCAAGAGUUCCAAUCUGGAGUUCUAUCCCAUCGGCGGCGAUCCAAAAGAGCUAAUGGCCUACAUGGUCAAGAAUCCUGGUCUCAUCCCAUCGAUGAAGAGUCUGCGUGAAGGCGAUAUUGAAAAGAAGCGCGUCAUGAUAACAGAAAUCCUCGAGGGGUGCUGGAAAUCAUGCGUAGAAGCAGACCUCGAUUCGCAAAAGCCAUUUGUUGCUGACGCAAUAAUCGCAAAUCCUCCCAGCUUUGCGCACAUCCACUGCGCGCAGGCACUCGGUAUCCCGCUUCACAUGAUGUUCACCAUGCCAUGGAGUAGCACGAGAGCAUUUCCACACCCUCUAGCUAACUUCAAUGCGGGAACGAUUGACCCAGCUCUCAUCAACCAUGCUUCGUACGGCAUUGUAGAGUUCCUAACGUGGCAGGGCUUGGGGGAUAUCAUCAACAAAUUCAGAGCUACUCUUGACCUCGAACCCGUACCUACUAUGGUAGGACCUGGACUUGCCGAGGCACUCGAAGUUCCUUUCACCUACUGCUGGUCGCCAGCCCUUGUUCCCAAACCUGCAGAUUGGCCUUCCCACAUCGACGUGUGUGGCUUCUUCUUCCGCGAGCCCCCUCCUUACGAGCCACCGACAGCGAUUGUAGAGUUUCUGAAAGCUGGUGCACCUCCUAUUUACAUCGGCUUCGGGAGCAUUGUUCUGGAAGAUCCAGUUAAGAUGACCUCGCUGAUCCUGGAAGCUGUAAAGCUUUGUGGUGUCCGAGCAAUCAUAUCCAAGGGCUGGAGCAACUUAGGUGAAGGCCAUCCAGACCAAGCAGACGACGUCCUUUUCAUUGGCGACUGUGACCAUGAAUGGUUGUUUCAACACGUCAGGGCUUUAAUCCAUCACGGCGGUGCAGGGACGGCCGCUUGUGGAUUAAAGAACGCAUGCCCUACCCUCGUAGUGCCAUUCUUUGGUGAUCAACCAUUCUGGGGAAACAUGAUUGCCAAAGCUGGUGCCGGACCAAAGCCCAUACCACACCAGAUGUUAUCUAGCCAGAACUUGGUGGACGCGAUCCAGUUCCUCCUCGCCCCAGAGACUAAAUCGGCAGCCGAGGAUAUCUCGUCACAAAUGGCCAACGAAGAAGGCGUCAAAGCAGCAGUCCAAUCUUUCCACGCGAAUCUUCCAUUUGAAGCUAUCCCAUGCCACAUCAUGCACGACCUGCCAGCUGCUUGGAUUUACAAGAAGGUCCCAAUUCGGCUGUCGAAGUUAGUGGCGCAAAUUCUCAUCCAGAACGGAGUCAUAUCGCAGAGCGACCUCAGCAACUACAAAACCCAAACCAUGCACAUCAUCCACAACCGUUGGGAUCCUGUCACGAGUACGACCUCUGCAGGCAUAUCGAUCGUUUCCAACAUGGGUAGAGCUACGACAGGCAUGAUAACUGAUCCCUACAAAGAGCUCAAUCGAUCGAAGACUGAGGGUACAAGCGAUAUGGCUCACAGCGCAUCCACUGCAGGCAGAAUGGCUACGGCUGGUGCAAAAGGCUUUGGACGGUUCAAUGCUGCCUUGUUUAAAGGCGCCAUCAUUGACCUGCCAUUAGCAGCAGCCGAAGGCUUCCGAGCGGUUCCCAAGUUGUAUGGCGAAGAAGUGAGAGAUCAUGGCGAAGUGACGAACGUCCAGAGCGGUUUCAGCAAAGCAGGCAAAAAUUUCGCGUUCGGAAUGACUGACGGCUUCUCUGAUCUUUUCGUGCGCCCGAUUGAAGGCGCAAAGAAAGAGGGCGCUAUGGGCUUUGCAAAGGGCCUCGGUAAGGGCUUUGUAGGAUUCACUUCGAAAACGGUGUCUGCUACUGUUGGCAUCGUCGCUUACCCAGGUGAGGGGAUCUGCAAAGGCUUGCGAAACGCAGUGCACUCAGGCAACCGGAGAGACAUUAAAGCACGAAAGGUUUCCGAGGGGGCGUAUCUUCUUGAACGAUCUGAACUGGACGAGAAUGUCGCCGGCAUUAUUCAUGCUUUCGAGCUUUUGAGAAGUCAAAAGGGACAGCCCAACGUCGGCUACUGA